AUGGCUGAGAGCAAGGAGGAGGAUGUUCAGGUUGGAGUAAACAAGUUCAGAGAGAGGCAGCCGCUGGGCACCGCCGCUCAGUCAGACAAGGAGGCGCCGCCGGCUCCUCUGUUCGAAGCCGGAGAGCUCAAAUCUUGGGCAUUGCUUGGGCACAUCAAUCCGGCUGUGACGUUUGGAAUGUUGUUGGUGAGGAAGGUGUCGUUGUUGUACAUGGUGAUGCAGUGUGUUGGAGCUGGGGUGGUGAAGGUUUUCAUGAAGGGGCCACUCAAAGGAGGUGCCAACUUCAUUUUGGCUCCUCUCCCCAUCGGAUUCGCUGUUUUCCUCGUUCAUUUGGCAACCAUCCCCAUCACUGGAACCGGCAUCAACCCUGCCCGGAGCCUUGGGAUCACGCAUGGGAUGACCACGUAA